GGGGCACUUAUGAAUGUCAACGUGCUGAAUCGAAACUGAGUACGGAAACUUAUCACUUAUAACGAUUUGCUCAUAUAUACGUACAUAUUUCUUUUACACAGCUGCUUUUAAAACUUACAACUUUACAGAUAUGGCAACUGCCAGCAGUCUGUUGUCAGAGGAGAGGUUCCUGUGUUCCGUCUGUCUGGACGUGUUUACUGAGCCAGUCUCAACGCCAUGUGGACACAACUUCUGCAGUGCCUGUAUCCUCAAGUAUUGGGACAGCAUUAACACUUGCCAGUGCCCAUUGUGCAAAAGAACAUUCUCCACAAGACCUGAACUCCAAGUCAACACGAUCAUGUCUGAGUUGGCUGGUGAGUUAAAGAAGUUAGCUCAAGUCAAAGCCUCGACUCCAGACCCACCACCUCCAUCGGAUGUUCUUUGUGAAAUCUGCUCUGAGAUAAAGGAAAAGGCUGUUAAGUCUUGCCUGAUGUGUCUAACUUCUUUCUGUGAGGUGCAUCUUGAGCCUCAUCAGAGAGUUGCUGGUCUCAAGAGCCACACAUUAUUGGACCCUGUGAAGAAUCUUGAUGACAGGAUGUGCAAGACACACAACAAAAUAAGAGAACUGUACUGUCGGACUGACCAGGCCUGUAUUUGUGUCUUGUGUCUUAAAACCGAUCACAAGAGUCACAGCGUUGUUUCACUGGAGGAAGAAUAUGAAACUGCUAUGGGAAAAAAAGAUGAGGAAAUGGCAAAUAUCCAAAAGCAGAUACAAUCACGGUCUGAGAAGAUAGCUGGGGUUGAAAACUCACUUGAUGUCAGCCAGAUAGAAAGUGAGAAAGAGAAAGUAGCCACGGUGCAGGUAUUCACUGAUUUGAUCCGCUCUAUUCAGAGGAGCCAGGCUGAGCUUGUUGAGGUGAUUGAGGAGAGGCAUAGAGCAACAAAGCAAAAGGCUGAAGGUUUUCUCACAGAACUGAGGGUGGAAAUUACUGAGCUUGAAAGCAGAAGCAGUCAACUGGAGCAGCUGUCACAGUCUAGGGAUCACUAUCAUUUUCUUCAGACCUUCCCAACCUUGUGCUCACCUUUAAACAAAGACUGCACCAACAUUGGUGUUCACAGUGACCUGUCUUAUGAGGCACAGAGAGGAGCUGUGACUCUGCUGAAACAGAGAGUUGAUGAAAUAAUGGAAGAGAUUCCUGAGAUCAAAAAGAAAAGAAUGCGAGAACACGCAGUGGACUUGACCCUUGAUCCUGACACAGCACACUGCACACUUGUCAUAAGUGAAGAUGGAAAACAAGUUGCAAAUGAGGGCAAAGUACUGAAACUUCCCGACAAUCCCAAGAGAUUUAAAAUGUAUCCAGAGGUUUUGGCAAAGGAGGGAUUCACAACAGGGAAGUUUUACUUUGAGGUACAAGUGAAAGGAAAGACUAGUUGGAAUGUUGGAGUGGUCAGGGAGUCUGUUGAUAGAAAGGGAGAUGUGGAGCUGUCAGUUACACAUGGUUUUUGGGCCUUUAGGUUGAAUGAGGAAAAAUAUGGAACAUCUAAAAAAGCAUCUGAUACAAUCAUACUCAAAGAAAAGCUUCAGAAAGUGGGCAUUUUUGUGGACUAUAAUAAGGGAGUGGUUUCUUUCUAUGAUGUGGAUUCUAAGUCUCACGUCUAUUCUUUCACUGGCUGCCAUUUUACAGAGAAACUGUAUCCAUACUUCUGCCCUCACCUUUGUAAUAAUGGAAAAAACGCUGCCCCGCUCAUCAUCACACCUGUACCUCCAGCAGUUUAAUAUGAAAAAACCUCAAAUAUAUGCACAGAUAUUCAAAAACAAGUAUGAUAAUCAGAGAUGUAAAAUAAUGAUGCUAAUGUUGAACAAUAAUACCAUCUGAUCCUGUUAUGUUAUAGUGGAUAAAGCUACCAAUGUCAUGAUGUAAUGUACUUUUAGUUUGUAAAGGUAUUUUGUUGCCUUUUUUAUGUACAUUUCCUUUGUUGAAAUAUUUGCUUGUAAUUCACUGUGGUGCUGAAGAAACUACUCAUGUAGAUGGAUUUGUUGUGCAAUUCCUACCUAGAAGCUCUGUCACAGUAUUAAACUCAUUGUUGUAAAGCAUUAGAACAUCCUCAGUUUAUGAUGUGAUCCUAUUUCUGAAAAAUGUAACAGCAUGAGUUGGAGGACAGUUUUGAAAUUGAAGUAGAUGGAACACUGUAAAGGCAUUACAUCUUUGUAAUGGCAUCGAUGUAAUAGAUGUAAUGUAAAAUAAAUAAAUAAAUAAAAUCG